AUGUCUUUCCCAGCGGUUCUCGAACGUGGUGAUGAAUUCCUCUCGCAGUAUCCCAGAAACAGCAAGCUCUGGAACUACUUCUCCCAAGCCACGUGCUUAUUUGCCGUUAUUAGCUCCAAAGCUAUCGCCAACUUGCUCUACAACCCCAUGGUAGUGGGCUUAGACAAACUUGACCUCGCAUUAGCGCGGUCUGAGGCAGAGAAUCGAGGUUUGAUCACCGUGAUGAACCACAUGUCCACGUGCGACGACCCGUUUUUGUGGGGGUGUUUGCCCUUGAAGUACUUCAAGGAUAUUGACACCAUACGAUGGGGAUUAGCGGCCCAUAACGUAUGUUUCACAUCUCCAGGUCUCUCCUACUUUUUCUCUCUAGGCAAGAUUCUUUCCACUGAACGCUUUGGCUGCGGGCCAUUCCAGGGUUCCAUCGACGCCGGAAUUCGCCUCUUGUGUCCGGAGGGAACCUUCCAGGAACAGUUUGUGCCUGAUCCUCCUGCAUCGCCCUCGCUUUUACGUCGUCUUUUAGCACACACGCGCAUCCGAAAGUUGGAUCCGAUUCCGGUGAUCGACCCCCAGACCCAUUUCUACCGGCCGGACACCUUACCUUUCCGAAGAUCCAAGCCAUCGUGGAUCCACGUAUUUCCGGAGGCGUUUGUCCUCCAGUUGGAGCCGCCACACAACAACUCUAUGCGGUACUUCCACUGGGGUGUCUCGCGGAUGAUCUUGGAGCCGACGCGCGCGCCAAUUGUAUUACCCAUCUUCUCCCACGGGUUCGAGAAGCUUGUACCGGAAAAGGACGAAAACACACCGGCUCCAGAGCACUGGAUCGACCGCAUUUUCCCUAAUCGUGGGGCCGAGAUCAGAAUCACGAUUGGCGACCCUAUCGACGACAAGGUCAUCGAGAAGUACAGAGCCGAGUGGCGACGUUUGUGCCAAGAAAAGUAUGACCGUGAAAACCCGCGCGACUUAUCCACCUACUUGAAGGUUGGUAGUGUCGUUCAGGGCCUCAGAUCGCAGGUGAUGGCCGACGUCAGAGCACAUGUUGCGGGGGUGCGCGCCUCACUCGGCUACUUCAAGCCGGAAGACCCGCGGUUGGGAUCGCCGGAAUUCUGGAAACGCUUCACCCUUAGUGAGGGUGCCAGUGACCCGGAUAUCAAGUUUAUCGGUAAGAACUGGGCCAUUAGACGGUUACAGGCCCACUUGGAGGAGAGUGAGUUGAUGGCGAAGGUUGGCGGAGUUUAA